GCAAGUGUUCGCUUGCAGAGGCUAAUUCCGCUUCCCCCUCUCUCUUGCCGCAUCUCGAAGCACGAUUAACUGCGCUCUCGUCUCCGUCAUUCGCCUGCCAAUCCUCUGCAAUUCGAAUCGUUUUGGUCUCCGAUGGCGCACGGAAAAGUCAGUCUCCCUCAAGAUCUCCUCCCCUCGAAUCUGGUCGAUUCACACUUCUCCGCCAAAGAUGAAGCCUUCCAAGGAAACAGUGAGGAGAAGGCGCUAGCGGGGUCCCUUGACAUGUCAAUUGGUGAUCAAGUUGCCUCAGACAGCAGCAUCCCCUUGUCUCCCCAGUGGCUGUAUGCUAAACCAGAUUCCAAGACACUAGCAACUGGAGCAUCAGAAGAAUUGCAUGCAAAUGAUUCUCUGUCUCAUGGAAACUCAACUGAUCCCAAUUCGAGAGACAUUUGGCGUGUAGAUGGAUCUCAGGAGAAAAAAGAUUGGAAGAGGAGUGCACCUGAUUUAGAUAGUAGCCGCCGCUGGCGUGAAGAGGAGAGAGAAACAGGCUUACUUGGUAGGAGAGAUCGAAAGAAAGAAGAUCGCCGUGUAGGUGCUAGUGUAACGAGGGAUGCUACUGAGAAUAGAGCAGAAGAUCACCGUGUAGGUGCGACUUCAACUAAGGAUGCUGCAGAAAAUAAAGUAUUGUCUUCUGACCGCUGGAAUGAAUCCCGAAGAGAUAACAAAUGGUCAUCAAGUUGGGGGCCUGAAGAUAAGGACAAGGACUCUCGAAUAGAGAAAAAGGCUGAGGUCGAGAGGGAAGAUGUACAUGCUGAGAAGCAGUCUUUUUCCAAUAGCAACCGUGCAGCUUCUGAGCGUGAUAGUGAUUCUCGUGAUAAAUGGAGGCCGCGCCAUCGGAUAGAGGUUCAACCAGCUGGGGCAGCCCUAUAUCGUGCUGCACCAGGAUUUGGGAUGGCUCGAGGGCGUGUGGAAAAAGUAGGAUUUGCUGCUGGACGAGGGAGGUCUAACAUUGGAUGCCUACAGAUUGGCAAACCUGUUCUUGGAAAAUCUGGCCGUUUUGCUGAUAUGUAUUGCUAUCCCAGAGGAAAGCUCCUUGAUAUUUAUCGCAAGCAAAAGAAGGAUUCAACUUUUGAUAUUAUGCCUGAUGGGAUGGAGCAUGUGUCACCAAUAACCCAAGUGGGCUCAAUUGAGCCAUUGGCUUUUGUUGCACCUGAUGCAGAGGAAGAGGUUGGUCUGGGAGAUAUAUUGAAGGGAAGAAUUACUAGCAGUGAAGUGGUAUGCAACUCGUCUGGGGACAAGAAUGUAUUAAAUGAAGAUGCUAAGGGAUCUAGCAAUGUCACUUUAAGCAAGGAGGAAGGACACUUUGCAGCUAACCCGGAACAAAAUGUCCAAUCUGCUGAAGAGUUCAUUUUGAACAAUUCUUUUCCAGUUACUGGCGCUGAGGUGUCACCUAUUUGUGGCGUACAAACACAUAUGUUAAAGGAAUGUAUUGCUACUGAAGGUGAGCAGAAAGUUCUGACGGUCACAGCGGCGGCAGAUAGGGAGAUUGGUCCUAGUAAUGAUGAUGCUAACUCAAGAAGUUCAGGGUGCCAGGAGCAAACCUCAAGCAGUGAUCAUCACUAUUUCAAGAGCAAUGAGGACGCGCUUCUAUUGGAAAGAAUUGUCUCACCUGAGGAUAUGAGUUUGUGCUACCUUGAUCCUCAAGGGAAUAUCCAGGGGCCUUUCCUGGGGAUCGAUAUAAUUGCAUGGUUUGAGCAAGGAUUUUUUGGAAUUGAUUUGCCAAUUCGUUCAUUUGAUGCGCCCAAUGGAUCUCCUUUCCAAGAACUUGGUGAAGUGAUGCCACAUCUGAAAACUAAAUCUGGGCCUGUCUCUGACUCUAGUUUGCCUACUCAAUUAGAGCCAUUGGGUGCUGUUGGAGGCAGCUUGGACGAGAGAAUAUCUGCUCCUAACUAUGAUGGGGGGUCUGCUAUUCUAAACAAUCAAGGCAUUCAGAAUGUUGUUGCAGAAGAUGAGGAAAUUGUAUUUCCUGGAAGGUCUAAGGGCAGCGGUGAUUGCCUUUUAAGGUCUUCACCUGACAUUCAUGGCUCAUUUGCAAAUCCUCCCAGCCUUCAUUCCCCUGCAAAUGAAGUUUCAGAAACUAACGUCCCUGAUCAGCUGGACGAUAAGCUGCAUCCUUUUGGCCUGUUGAUGUCAGAGCUCAGAGGCAACUCACUUUUAAGGCCUGCUCAAUCAUCUCAUUCAUUUUUCGGCAUGGAUGAUCAGGUUCCUUUUAGAGAUACCUUCAUUGGAGGUGCCACUGUUGCUAAUCAGGAUUCCCUUGGUGCCAUGAUUGAUCAACCUUCCUUUGUGGAGACAUGGCCGGAUAAUUAUAUAAAAAAUAACACCAAUGUUAGUCUGGGUUCUAUAGAUUCUCCCCAUUUACCUCACAUGGGGCAAGCAAGCAAUGGCUUUGACCCAGCAGAGCAUAUAAUGUCACAGAAGUUACUAAAAGAACAGCUUCAGCAGCUGAACCAUCUUUCUCCAUUUACUGUUGCACAAAGUGCAGGAACAGGAGUGGACCGGUUCCCUGGAUUUGGUUUUUCUGACAGCAAGAACCCUAAUAUCCAGCCGUCAUUCCAUCAUCCAGUGGCAGAUAUGGAACAUAUUUUUGAAAUGCAGCAUCAGCAGCAGCGUCAGUUGGAGCUUCAUCAGCAGCAACACCAGUUGGAGCUUCAGCAACAGCAGCGUAAGUUGGAGCGUCAGCAACAGCAGCGUUGGUUGGAGCUUCAGGAACACCAGCGUCAGUUGGAGCUUCAGGAACACCAGCGUCAGUUGGAGAUUCAGCGCCAGCGUCAGUUGGAGCUGCAGCACCACCGUCAAUUGGAGCUUCAGCAGCAGCAGCGUCAGCUGGAGCUUCAGCAACAGCGUCACUUGCAGGAUCAACUUCACCAACAACAAAUGAAAUUGCAGCAACAACAGAAAUCUCAAGCUCAACACUUGCUCCUUGAACAGUUUUUGCAUCAACAGAUGUCCGAUUCUGUUUAUGGGCAGUGGAAGGCAGAUGCUACAAGAGGCAACCCUUUCGAUCAUUUACAUUCAAGGAAGCACCUUCUAGAUGACUUGCACCAGAUGUCCCAUUCCUCGAGGCAUGAUCCAUUAUUAGAGCACAUCAUCCAAGCAAAUAUAGGACGCCCGGGACAGACUGAUUUCUUUGACCUCAUAUCUCAGGCGAAGCAAGGGAAUAUGCACACUUCAGAGCUGCAACCUCGUCUUCAGCAGCACGAGCUGCAGGCACAGCAGUUGUCCGCAGCAUUGAGAGAGCAACUGCGGAUGGAAGGGGAAAGGCGUAUCGGUGCGACCCGGUUUGUAGAUGAAGCAAGCCAAAUUGUUAGGGAUCCUGUUGCUCAUCACCAGGCUCAGAUGGUAGGAUUUAGUUCUUCAGAAAAUUACCAGAAACUUCCCACCCAUGAACCGCAACUAAGCCAUCUCAACUGGAAUCAUGCCAUACGGGAGCGACUGCAGGGAGGAUUCUACGAACCUAACUCUCUGGAAUUUGAGAAGUCAUCUGUUCCUGCUAGUUCGCUUGGGAUGAACUUGGAUAUUCUCAGUGCACGUGGGCAGGGUCUGGAUGAGUUUUAUUCGUCUCAUCCAGUUGGUUUGGAGCACUUGCCUUUUGGGAACAAUGGACAUCUGGAAGAUGGCUUCACUGAAGCACUUAAACCGCAUUCGCAUCUUCAUGCCGAGCAAACCCGCCGAGACUCAGAAGCUGCCAUGGCUUUUUCUGAUGCAAAUAUAUGGUCUUCAUCCGAUGGUGAUAAAGAACACUCAAAACAAAUUUUUAUGGACCUUCACCAAAAAAUUGGUCAAUCUACACGGUUAUCAGAAAUUGAUUAUCAGCAUCACCUGUCAUCUUCUAGAAGCCGGGGAGAAUCUGCACAUCAUCCAUUUAGUCUUCUCCCUGAUCAAGCGGUUAUGAACAACUCUUUCACGGAAGGGCCCUUUACAUCUAAUCCCAGAGCAUUUAUGGAAGAUUUAUCAGAGUUGGAAGGAAAUAAUUGGAAGAAGCAGGUUGUGAAAAGCUAUGAAGGCAACAUGGUAGAACAAGAAGAAACAUCAAGGGAACUUCAUAGUAAUGCCCAUAGCAGGCAGAGUUCACUUAGCAGUGCUGGGGGAGGUGGGAGUUUUUACAGCUCUGAGACAGGAAUAGAAAAACCGCUUGGAGAAGAGGUUUCUAAUGGGAGGCUGCCUUCUACUGUAACCAAAGGGUACGACAAUGCUUUGCAUAGACGCCGGGUUGUAUCUUCCCAGGACGUUUUGUCUGAGGCAGCACUUUCUUUGCCUGUUAAACAAAGAAAUCCAGCUGCAACCCAGGUCUCUGAAACGCAAGCAUCUAGCAAGAAUGAUGCGCAAUUUAGGAGGACUUCGUCUUACAGUGACGCUUCUGUGUCCGAGGCAUCAUUCAUAGACAUGCUUAAGAAACCAGUCAUUUCAGAGGCUGAUGCAUCCAACAGAGCAGUGGCACUGGAGUCGUCUGAUGGAGGUGGCCAGGCAGGGCGGACUGGCAAAAAGAAAGGGAAGAAAGGAAGACAGAUUGAUCCUGCUCUCCUCGGCUUUAAGGUUUCCAGCAACCGGAUCUUGAUGGGCGAGAUCCAUCGCCUUAAUGAUUGAUGCAUAGUUUUCUCAGAUUUAGGAGACAUAUAGUGAUCUCAGAUUUUUUCGCUCCCGGCGUAAAAACUGUAGAGCUAAUUUAAGAGACAUAGUUUUCCAAUCCUCUGGAUUCCAAGGUAGACCGUGUACAGAGUUUUUUAACCGUUGCGGUGAUUGACCGGAUGCAUAAUGUAAAAGGAGAAACAAAGUUCGCUGAUAAAUGUCAAUUUUUGUACGAGAGAAUCAAAAAUUUUAUUUGACACCAAUUUCCCUUGA